AUGGACGCUUACAACCCCCUCCCACCACUAACCAACGUCCCACGCUCACCCACGCCCAGCAACGGCGAAGCCAGCGGUACAAAUACCCCGGACUAUGCAGCCCAAAUCGCAUAUUGGACUGCAAUACCUUCCACGGUCUCCGGGAUGUUAGGAGGAUAUCCACAAGUUUCACGAGUGGAUUUACAAACGUCGAGUAAUUUCUUGGCGAAGUUGAAACCGUCGAUGGGGGUUCCUGUUGAUGGGGUUAGGAGGGGGGUGGAUUGUGGGGCUGGAAUCGGUCGAAUUACAAAAGGACUUUUGUUAAAACAUAUGGAUGUGGUGGAUAUCGUAGAACCGGUUUCGAAGUUUACAGAAGAACUACUGUUAUCGACAGAUCUACCCACCACCGGUGGUAAAAUCGGUGAUGUAUUCAACGUCGGUCUGGAAUCAUGGGAACCAGAGGAAGGUAGAUACUGGUGUAUCUGGCACCAAUGGUGUCUCAACCACCUAACAGACGCCGAUUUAAUCUCCUACCUCCUCCGCUGUUCAAAAGCCCUAACACCGGGCGGUCUAAUCUUCGUGAAAGAAAACAAUUCGAACAACUUCGAAGACGUAUUCGAUGCAGAGGAUAGUAGCGUUACGAGGACCGAUGAGAAUUUUAGAAGAAUCUUUGGAGAGGCAGGGUUGGUUGUGGUUAAGAGUGAGUUGCAGAGAGGGUUUCCGGAGAGGUUACAUUUGUUCCCUGUGAGGACGUAUGCGCUUAGGCCGGUGCAUGUGCCGGCUGUGGUGAAGGAGGUGGAGGGGUAG